CAGCAUUUAUACGGUACACAUCGGUGUUAGGUGCUCAGUUUUCAUAUGGCCAGAUUUGAUACUGAUCAGUCGCCAAGAUGCUCCGAAUCCUGUUUUCAUGUCUGAUGCUUAUCUGUCGAGUGGAGAGUAACUGGGAAGCUGAAGACAGUGACCCAUCUGAUGCAAAUCUGGGAUUCAGUCUCAUCAAUAUGACAUGCAACGACGCUAUGGAUUUGUGUCAACACAAUUAUAUUGCGUCCGUCCAUAGUCGCGAGGUCUUAGCAGUUUUCGAAUACACGAAGGACCCUUACAAAUUCCAGGUCAGUGUUCGAGAAGGGAAACAAAGUAAAGACUGGAGCUUUUUUCAGGACGACUUGGAUGGGAAGUAUCGAUGGUGCGAAUCCGUCGACUCUAAAGCAAGCUGGGAAUUCGACUACUCACGGAGAUACACGGCUUGCUUCGAAAACUCCUUUGAUGAUAUUUCCAUACCCGAAGGAUGCGCUAAGCCGCUUGCCGUCGUAACUUAUGACACUCAUCUUUACGAUGACAAAGUGCGCGGCCAGCAGAUGCUACUCUGUCUGCCCUAGUUUGCAUGGUUGUAAUCAAAUCAUCACAGGUCAUAGUAAGCAGGAAUGUUGACCAAACAUUCAGGAGUCGAAUUUAGAAAUUCAACUUCAUGAAACUAUUAUAUCGCAGACUUCCUAUAUCUUCUAGGAUCUCGGGUUUUCCGACCAGCCCACCACAUCCUUCCCGGAUAUACCUUUAUGCUGCUGCCAUAUUUCAGUCAUGUUCCCAGGCCCUGUAUAUUCAAUAACGGUACUGAAUGCUAAUAUUUUUUUGUGCAAAAAGAAGCCAGACUAUUUUCCUUCCAGCCUCGCUUGGAUUACGUUGAUUUGAAUGGGAAAAAUCAAGAUGGCCUCAACAUGAUAAUGGUCUAUUGGCAAUUGUCACAAGCACAUAUAGGCUGCACCGAUAAACCUUGGCUGCCGCGAUCGACCAAACGAGCCCCAGUAUACCUUUACGAAGAUGCUAACCUAGACUUUGCGAAUCGUCCCUAAAAGAAAGAGCUCACUUCUUCUAUAUCCUAAACCCCCGAACAGACUGUCUGCAACGUGUGAUUGACUAGAUUACGACUCUGCUCUUUGAAACUUUCAACCCCGUAUCAGAUAGACACGUCACAUUUGCGGGAUCAAGGGGCCAUACUAUAGACCUUUAUCAUGCUGCCACCAUUUCAGUCAUGUUUCCUGUAUCUAAUAACAGUACUGACUGAUAAUGUUUUAUGUGCAAAAAGGAACCAGCCUAUUUUUCCCUUCCAGCCUCGCUUUGGUUGAUUUGAAUGGGACAAAAUCGAGAUGGCCACAGCAUGAUAAUGGUCUAUUAUUAUUAUUAUUAUUAUUAUUAUAAUUGCAUAAGUGGGCUAGUUUUGGAAAUUAAAGUGUACAGACGUUAUGAAAACGAUUAUGCUAUACAUGUACUUUAAAAUAAGUUGUCAAACUUUUGCUGUUGUAUUUAGUACAAUUUCCAUGUAGUUAUUUCGGUAUUUCACAUCAUUGUGGAUGGAUGAAAGAUAAUCAGCACGUUGGAUGGGUUCAGAGAUGUUCAUUCCAGCAUAAUGACGUAUGCACCGAUACACAAGUCUAUUCCAUCUAUUAAAUUCCAUCUUAUUAACAAGUCUAUUCAUUUAAUUUCAGUAGGCCUACAUUUAUUUUUAAAAUCGUUCUAUAUAAAGUUCUGUAUACAACUUACACUGUAUACACCAGCACGCACCGGUAUUUUACAUGAGAGUAGCUUAGAUAUAUAUUGUUACUUAUAGCAUAUAUAAGAUUUGAGGCUUUGCAUGGUGGAGUAUCUGUAUCG